GAUUAGAGUUGGUUUGUAUUGGUAGUUCAAAUAUCGAAUCUUAUGUAUCAGUGUAUUUGAACUACUAAAUAUUCGAUGUAAUUCAGUUGUCAAAGUACACGUAUACGUUUCAAAUUAUAUUAUUUUUAAUUAAAAGUGUAUUUGUGGACUUUUAUUAAUUAGAGUGACUGAUAUUAAGCGAGCAAGAUGACCAGCCUUCGACAGAGACAAAUAAGUGCUAUAAAGCAAAUGUUAAAUUUAAAUCAGCAACAAACAAAACUGGGCAGUUCUGAACCAGUUUGGAAAGUUUUGGUAUAUGAUACUGUUGGACAAGACAUAAUAUCCCCAUUAAUAUCAAUUAAAGAAUUAAGAGAACAAGGAGUUACACUAUUUGUGCAAUUGCAUUCUGACAGGGACUCAAUACCUGAAGUGCCAGCCAUUUAUUUUUGUGCCCCAACAUCUGAAAAUCUAGCAAGGAUCAAUCAAGAUUUUCAACAGGGGAUUUAUGAUGUGUACCACUUAAAUUUUAUCUCGCCCAUUUCUAGACAGAAACUAGAAGAUCUUGCCUCUGCAGCUAUUCAAGCAAAUUGUGUUGCAAAUAUUCACAAGGUUUAUGACCAGUAUGUUAAUUUUAUAUCUUUGGAAGAUGAUAUGUUUAUUUUAAAACAUUCAAAAAGUGAUGAUUUGUCAUAUUAUGCUAUCAAUAAGGGCGACACAAAAGACACUGAAAUGAACAGUAUUAUAAACAACAUAGUGGACAGUUUAUUCUCCGUUUUCGUGACAAUGGGGACGGUUCCAAUAAUCAGAAGUCCGAAGGGAAAUGCGGCUGAAAUGGUGGCGAAAGGCCUGGAUAAGAAGUUAAGGGAAAAUUUGUUCGACGCGAGGAACAAUCUGUUCCAGACCGAUGCACAAAACAGGAACUUCAACUUUCAACGGCCGCUGUUGAUUGUUUUGGACAGGAACGUGGAUAUGGCCACGCCACUACAUCACACCUGGACCUACCAGGCUUUGGCACAUGAUCUGUUAAGUUUGGCAUUGAAUCGGGUGGUUGUGGAAGAAUCCGAGCCAAGUGGCGGAGCAAGAUCGAAGAACAAAUCCUGCGAACUGGACCCUAAAGACAAAUUCUGGUCCUCGCACAAAGGGUCGCCGUUCCCGACUGUCGCAGAAAGUAUUCAAGAAGAGCUAGAACAAUACAGGUCUUCAGAAGAGGAGGUAAAGAAGCUGAAGAGUUCGAUGGGAAUCGACGGGGAAAGUGACGUGGCACUUUCGCUAGUCAGUGAUAACACUGCAAAAAUUACGUCGGCUGUUAAUUCGUUGCCGCAGCUUUUGGAAAAGAAGAGGCUAAUUGAUAUGCACACUUCUGUGGCAACAGCUAUUUUGAAUUGCAUUAAAUCAAGAAAACUGGAUACGUUUUUUGAAUUGGAGGAAAAAAUAAUGUCAAAGGCGCAAGCUUUGGAAAAAAGCCUUUUAGAUAUAAUUACUGAUCCUGAGGCUGGAACUCCUGAUGACAAGAUAAGGUUGUUCAUAAUUUAUUACAUCUGUACACCUCAUAUGACUGACAGUGACUUGAAGAAAUACGAAAAUGCGCUUACUGAAGCUGGAUGUUCUCUUGAUCCAUUUGUUUAUAUAAAAAGGUGGAAGAGCUACACAAAAAUGUCUUCAAGCCAAAAUCAAUAUGAAGGCGCGGGUACUAAGACAGUCAGUAUGUUUUCAAAACUUGUUUCACAAGGUUCUAAUUUCGUUAUGGAAGGAGUAAAAAAUUUGGUCAUUAAGAGACAUAACUUGCCAGUCACUAGAAUUGUGGAUCAUCUAAUGGACUUUAAGAAUAGCCAAGAAAUGGAAGACUAUCUGUACUUGGACCCAAAACAAUUAAAACUGGCGGAAAUUCCAAGAAAUCGAUCGCCAUUCCAAGAUGCUAUUGUGUUUGUGGUUGGUGGAGGAAAUUAUAUUGAAUAUCAAAAUUUAGUCGAUUAUUCUAAGCAAAAAGCAACAUCUACAAAUGGUUCAAAAAGGAUAUUGUAUGGUUCUACAACACUGAACAAUGCUAAACAAUUCUUAAAACAGUUAUCUCUAUUAGGUCAAGAAAUUCAGUAAAUUAGAUUAGUAAUUUUACUGUUGGUUGGCUGGUAUAUUAAGAUUAUUUAUAUUUUAUUGUACAUAGUUUUAAAUUUGUAAUAUAUUCCAAUUUAUAUUAAAAAAUGUUGUAAGCCAAAAAUAGUUUUAUUAUAAUUUAUUUGUAAUAAAAUUCAAUAUUUCCCAU